AUGUACCCACCUCGCCCAACACCUCAUGCUACUCCUGAACGCCCGUCCUCGCUCACUGACACCUUCGCCUCCAUCUACCAGAAAGAUGCGCAGCGCCUCGGAUACCGCGUGCCACACCCAUCCGGCAUCGAGCCCGAUCCAUCCAAGAAAGAGUACUGCACACACUGGAUUAAGACAGGGGAGUGUGACUGGACAGCCAUCGGGUGCAAGUUCAAGCACGAGAUGCCCGGCAUCGAGAAGCUACGUGAACUGGGUUUCGUUAGAGGCAUACCGAAAUGGUGGAAGGAGAAGUCGGCUAUCGGUCCCAGGCCGCCUACCUGGAUGCAGCGAAGGCUAGCAGCGAACGAGGACGCAGACCAUGAUGGUGCGAUGCCGGAAGCAAGAGUGUUUCCAGACCCUUCGACGUUUCGAACGAGGAAGAGUGAAGAGCGUGAUCUGCUGGGGGACGACGUGCAGCAGCCGCGUGGUAUUCUCAAGAGGAGCACAUCUCCGAGACCGGCUGCAUCGGAACAAUUGACUUCUCCACCAGCGCCAGCCCCGCAAUCGCUUCGUCGUGCUAGCCAAGUAUCAGAUCUGCUCAUCGAUCUUGACGAUACUCCUGCGCCUCCACCUAGCCCUAAGUCAUCUCGCACUUCAGUAGCCAGUUCGGGAUCCAGUGAGGUGCAGAUCCCCUCCAGUCGCCCCUCUACCUCGCCACCUUCGUCGCCUAGUAUCGAGUGUAAGACCUCGUCACCGAUCGAUCGCAAACCACCCCCAAAGGCUGUCGCUACCAAGAAAACAUCAAACAAAGACGCCACCACCCGGCGCCACUCCCAGCUCUCAUGGGCCUCUGACACCGAAGACGACACCCCCAUCCCCACCAGGCCAUACCCCAAACCCCCUCGACCAGCUCAACAACGACGUAGACCCGCUCCUCGCGGCGAUAGCAGACGCGCGGCCACAACCUCCACGACACCGACCAAGCAUUCCGGUCUUGCAGCUUCUAAGCACGCCACUAAUGAUCACGCUGUGAUCAACAGUGCGAGCCACGGCAAGAACACGAACCGUAAGAUUCACGGUAGACCUGUGGAAGAUGUUGGCACACCAGAGUUACAUGCCAAGAUUGAGCAGCUGCGGAGGGAGGCGCAUCAGAAGGAGAGGGUGAGGAAGGGUACUGUGAUGGCGGUGCCUGCAGCUGGCAGACGGACAGCUGUGUGA